AUUCACGUACACCUUUGCCGGGUACAGUUGGUAUUAAAAAAAAUAAUAAUCGAAAAGCGCGCGUAAAAUGACAUUUAAAAAUGUCGCGAUCAGUGGUAUUUUAUUUAUGGUCGCGGUCAACGGGGUCACGUCGUGGACCAUAGACCUGCCGGAAGUGAGGAAAUACUUUUUCACCAAGCACGACCGAGACAAUAAUGACGUCCGUCAUAUUGAUGAAAACAGAGUAUUGUAUGACAAUAUUAAAGGGAAUAGCUUGCACAACAGCGAGAAUCAUUACUAUGUAAAUAGUUUUGACAAUUCCGAAUACUCAGGCAGCAAUGAAUUGAAAUCUCCUACAGAUAAAUACGCCAAAGAUUAUAAAUAUCGAGGUUACAUGGAGAAAAAAGUACAAAACGCACUGCAGAAGGGCACCGCCUACCUGGACGGCCUGCGAUAUUCCAUCGAGCAGUACACGGAGCUUCUGAAGAACUGCAGCAGGUCCAACAUCACUGCUAUUAAUUGGGGCAAUGUAACAAUAUUUAACUUCACGGAAGUGUUCGGCAACUCGUCUGACUUCAACAUCUCGCCUGUCUUCAACGCCUCGUCUGCUUUCAAUGCCACGUCCAAUCUAAACUUCACUGGCGUCUUCAACGGUACCAGUUACACCAACGCGAACUUCACGGAAAUUCUGUUGAACUUCACUAGAAACUGGAAUGCGACGUGUCAGCGUGCUACGGAGAAACGCGAGCAUAUCAGGAGGCUGGCAGACCUGGCGCUGUGGGCCACCAAGAGACUAGAAGACAGUGUUUACGCAGAGAAAUAUCAUAAGCACAGCGAUGGCGAGGAGAAGGAGCUGAUACUGCGGCUGGCGUGGUACUUGGACAGGCUCGCGCACUUCACUGGCUUCGACCCCAAGGUCGAGGACUACAUUACCACCACCACAAAACCUCCAAAUGUUGUGACACUACCAUCUUUCGUUGCCGCGGUGCCGCCCAGCGUGACUGCAGCCAUGAUGGACUGCCUCAAGCGGAACUCCUCGGUGCCUGCUACCAUACGCUGUGCUUACCCGUUAUCACUGCCGCCUGUUAUACAGCUGAUCCUCAAUAUGAGCAAUAGUCGCAAUCAACAACAAUUCAUGACCCUCGAGGACCGAGCAGCAGGAUUUAGACAAUUUACCGACUCUUUGACAACACCAUCAUCUUCCGAAGUUCUGAUCGCUGCCUCGUCUCAAUCAGCCAACAGCUACCUUCCCGCCAACAUUUUGACAGAUGUCAAAACCGUACAAAAACGGUCCAUAGACGAGAGCGCCAUGAUGAAAUUCAUGAAAUAUUUUGUGAAACACAAAGUGUGGGAAAAUUCUAACCCAUCAGAUAAAGACACGAAUAAUAAUGGCGAUUAUGAUGUUUCCAAUAAUUUACCCAUAAAAUCUAUACAGAAACGCUCCCUAUUUCACAAGAAGGGCCGCCAUCUGCUUCCCACAAAGAACCGUGUACGAGGUAUAAGCAAACUGUUUAAAAAGAAGGCCGAAAUACACUAUCCCAAAGGUAAAUUACAAACGAUCAAAGUCAAGGAGUUUCUGGAUAAAAUGCGUAAAAGCAAUUCAUUCACGCUCAUCAAUAAUUUUAAACAUAAAAUAGGCGGCAUACACGAUCUUAGCAAGGAUUUGCCGAAAAACAUUCAUAAGAGAUCUAUAGAGGUCAAAAAUAAUAUUCGUAUGAAAUUGCCCGAAGAUCCUAUGCAGGAUUUAAGUAAAUAUGUCAAAAACAAAGAGGGAAUACACUACAUCAAUGACAAAACAUUAAUUGAAAGAAUCAAAGCCGCUUUAGAGCGAAUACGUAAUCAAACAACCAACGAUUCGAGCAAGCAAUUAUGGCGGGAAAAGCGUUCUGUAGUCAAAUCGAACGUUGUCAUUCAAACUCCUCCACAUUACCCGGAAAAACAUCCGAUCCAGAAGAUAGGCGAGUUCAUUCGACACAAAGCUAAAGUACACAUACAAAAGAAUCAUGCGCGCGCGCAUAAAAUUAAAGAAACGCUAGAGAAACUCUACCACGCGUCAGUUGUGUCGCAUAACCUCAAAAUUAAAGACCAUUUGGGCCAUAUUCAUAAAAGAUCUGUUCAUUACAAGAACGUUUACUCACCGCGCAAACCUGAAGAUCCCUUUCAAGAUUUGAGUUAUUAUGUUAAAAACAAGAAAGACACUGUUUACAAUAGGAAUCCUGUGCAGGCAUUACUGGUAAGGGCCGGUUUAGAACAGGUAUUUCAGACUGGCAACAUUGAAGUGAUAAGAAGGUACGGCGCGAACUACAAUCCUGCUGUGCCAAAUCCGUUUUACUUUGGUAUUGUGAGAUCUGUAGCCGAUGUAUAGGGACAAUAACGGCUUGCUUAUUUGCUUCGUCUUACGGUUUAGGUAUUAUAGAUAUAUGUAUGUAAUAUAUUUUUAUAAUACUUUAU